UUAAACUGAUCCCUCUGGGCCUCCGUACACAAAUAGGAAACGGAUCUGUGUUGUUGUAGUUUAUAGUUUCACAACGUGACUGAGCCCUACGGAGGCUGCAAUGGCUAUAUUUCGUAGCGCCCUCAGUCGAAGCCUUCCGGAACUCGACAACGGCCCUCAAGGUCAACCGAUUCUUGUACAAAAAAAGGAACCGGGAGAAAAUUGGACGAACAAUGUUGCCGGAAGUUCACCGACUACGAAAGUGCACAAGAGACGUUGGAUCAUCGUUAUGUUGUUUUGUUUAUAUUCCAUGAGUAAUGCGUAUCAAUGGAUUCAUUUAAAUAUCAUCGCCAACAUCAUUACUAAGUAUUACAAUGCAAGUCUUCCAGAGGACCGGUUCCAGCGGGAGACGACUGUGGACUGGUUGUCAAUGAUUUACAUGUUAGCCUACAUUCCCCUCAUCUUUCCCUCCACUUUCUUACUCAACAAAAAGGGGCUGCGAGUCUGCGCCAUCGCGGGGGCGUUUCUGAACGCUCUUGGGGCGUGGCUGAAAGUUGCAUGCAUUUCUCCGGAUCGUUUUCCAGUUCUUAUGUUUGCCCAGACUGUUUGCGCAAUAGCACAAAUUUUCAUUCUUGGGCUUCCUGCCAAAAUUGCAGCUGUAUGGUUUGGACCCAAUGAAGUUUCAACAGCUACCUCGCUAGGAGUAUUCGGAAAUCAGGUAGGCGUGGCUAUAGGGUUUUUAGUUCCGCCCAUUUUAGUUCCGAACAGUGACUCUCUUGGAGAAAUUGGUGAUGAUCUCAGCAUUAUGUUCUACGGCGGAGCCGGGUACAUGACGCUACUCCUCAUCCUUGUCAUAAUAAUUUUUAAGGAGAGACCGCCACACCCCCCAAGUAAAGCCCAGAUGUUGGCAUUGCAGAAUGUCCACGAGGAGCAUUAUGGGAAAUCUCUUGUCAACCUUUUCAAGAAUGUUGGAUUUGACAUAUUGACAAUUACAUACGGUGUCAACACGGGAUGCUAUUAUGCAAUUUCUACGUUACUUAAUCCCAUCAUCCUAGAUUACUUCCCGGGUCAUGAGGAGAGCGCUGGACAAAUUGGUCUGACCAUUGUCAUUGCUGGGGUGGGCGGGUCAAUAUUGGCUGGAAUCUGGCUGGACAAAACCAGGACCUACAAGGCUACCACGUUUGGCAUUUAUUUCCUGUCCAUGGCGGGUCUGGUGGCCUUCACCUUCACCCUCGAUGUUGGUCACCUGUGGGUCGUCUUUGUAUGCGCUGGAGCACUAGGCUUCUUUAUGACCGGGUACCUUCCCGUUGGUUUUGAAUUUGCCGCCGAAAUCACCUACCCAGAAUCGGAAGGAACGUCUUCCGGUUUACUGAAUGCGUCUGCGCAGUUUUUCGGGAUCAUCCUCACUAUAGGCUGUAGAGCGAUGAUAAAUCGAGUGGGGACAUUUGGUUCAAAUCUCCUUAUAUCCGGGGUAUUGUUGCUGGGAACUAUUUGUACAGGGUUCAUUGCAGCUGACUAUAAACGACAGGAAGCCGGGAAAGAGUAUACCGAUUUUGAAGUUAACAUUACCCCAGAGGAACCACGUCAUGAUACUAGAGCAGAUGGAUAAUGCCUUGGAGAUAGAAAUAUCAGAGAAAGACUCCGAGAAAUCCCGAAUGACAAAACCAACGAGCCAUGACAUUCAGAUAUGACGUCACGUUUAAUAUGUUGCCUUGUAUUCAAUUAUAGGGCUUGUCUGAGAGCACAAUGAUCUCAAUUUCGUAAUUAGAUAAUAUGCAUAUAAUAUGUACAGGGUGUGCAGAUGCUACGUGUAUUUAAGACACCAGGUCAAUGCCUUUCGAUUCGUUGAUAAAAUACUGUUAAAGUACCGAUAUAUAGGAUAGAAUGUACAAAAGGCUAAGUACUAUUAUAUUCAUUUAUCCACCGACUGUAUAAGCUGGGUACUAGAAUUUCAUCAUUUUAUACAAGACUUUGUCCAUCGUUCUAAUUCAUGGUGUCAGAGCGCAUGGACGUAUACAAUGCAUGGCUCUAUAAAUAUGAAGUAUUUUAUUACAGUGUGUAGUGCUAUGCCAAUUUUGAAUGAUUGGAAACUUGUCAGCUGUUUCAAUAAAUCUAAUUUAUUGUUAACUCUGGAUGUUUUACUAAUACAAAGAAGUGUAAUUUUUUUUACAGUAAUAUUUGUCUUACUUUCAUUGUUUGGUACGUCGGUGAUGUAAUAUUUGUCUUACUUUCAUUGUUUAGUACGUCGGUGAUGUAAUAUAUGUCUUACUUUCAUUGUUUAGUACGUCGGUGAUGUAAUAUUUGUCUUUGUCAUCUGUAAAUGUCCGUCCAGCUGUCUGUUUUCCCACUCGAAAUUUCCACCUAUUUGAAUGACUGUAUAUUAUCAUCUCCGGCGUUCGUCAUGAACUACCAUUUUUGAUUGAUUUAGUUUUGUGUAAAUGGGAUUGGAGGGUUAUGGGAUAUGUGAUAUACCAGAAUGCAUAUUUAGCUGGGGGAAGGUAAGAUCCGAGUUAACGAUAUGAUUCAGGAUCGUGUGUGAAACAAUGCUUCAGCUGCUGAGAUGGUUUGUUGCAAUUAUUAGCAAUGCAGAAGAAUUAUGGUAAUUAUGAUAUCACUUAGAGUGUUUAACUGUUAUGUUAUAAUAAUGGUUAUAAUUUUGAUGAUUGCAAUAUUUGAUAGAUUUAAUGUAUUCAUGCUGUUGUGCAGAUGUUUUACUGGUGGAACACUUCAUGUCUUCAUAUGUGUAUAUAUCAACAAAUAAAGACUAGGGACUCUU